GACGCGAUCGAUAAAAUUCCCACCUUUCUCCCGGUUCGAUAAAAUAUCAGAGAUGGUUCAGGGCAAUCGAAAACGCGGCCGACAACUGGAAGCGUCAAUAAAAUUCGACGGUUUCCGUUUGGUCUUCAUCCCGCGCGUUUAUUUCGGACAUCGUCACUAUUUUUAAAAGUAAAACAUCCAAUACUUGAGUUAUUUAUGCUAACCCACUUUUGAGUUUCGUCGAAACGGAGGAGGCUCUGGAGCCAGUUCGUUGCAGUUUGGGGAGGCAGCAGUUACUUGAUUUUCGCGGGCGUGUUCGAGAUGUCGAUUUCCUGAGGCGCGUCCGUCCACUUCCGUGCAUACUUUCGUGAAUUGUUGUGAGUUGGAACUGUGCGAAAUGCCGCUCUUCAAGAAGAACAGACCGCGGUCCAAGUCGCUGACGAGGAAGGAGAUCUCUUUGGCCAGGCUCGAGAAUUUCCGAAAGGACGUUAUCACAGACUACCACACUGUACCUCUCGGCGAACUCUGUAGGAGACUGAACACAGAUAGACAAAAUGGGCUCACUGCGAAACAAGCAGCGGAUGUAUUACAGAAAACAGGACCAAACACUCUUACUCCCUCGCAUAAGACACCAGAAUAUAUUAAAUUCAUCAGAACCAUCACACAUGGAUUUUCCCUCUUAUUGUGGAUUGGAGCAUUCCUCUGCUUUGCGGCGUUUUCGAUAAGAAAACUAACAACACAUGAAUUCGACACAGAUAACUUGAUCCUAGGCUGUGUGUUAGUUACUGUAGUUGUAGUCACUGGUGUCUUCAUGUACUUUCAGGAGCACAAGAGUCAAAAGAUCAUGGAAUCUUUCGCAAAUAUGGUCCCACCCAAGGCCACCGUCAUAAGAGGUGGUGAAACGAUGUCAAUAGUCUCAAGAGAAAUAGUAGUAGGUGACUUGGUGGAUAUGAAAUUUGGGGAUCGCAUACCGGCAGAUAUACGAAUCAUACAAAGCCAGGGAUUUAAGGUGGAUAAUUCGGCAUUAACAGGUGAAUCUGAGCCGCAAUACCGUAGCACUGAAUGCACCAGCGAUGAUCUACUGGAGACGAAAAAUUUCGCGUUUUUCUCCACGAAUGCAGUUGAGGGCACUGCGAAAGGUAUCGUAGUUGCCUGUGGAGAUAACACGGUUAUGGGGCGUAUCGCAGGACUUACAGCUAGAUUGCAACCUAACAAAACACCAAUUGCUAAAGAACUGGAGCAUUUCAUGAAGAUCAUCAGCUGUUGGGCAUGUCUCCUUGGCUUCGUCUUCGGAGGAGCAGCUUUGGCUAUGAAUUAUUCCUGGAUUGAAGCAUCCCUUUUUCUCAUAGGCAUAAUCGUAGCCAAUGUGCCCGAAGGAUUGCUGGCAACUGUGACAGUUUGCCUUUCCGUGACAGCAAAGAGAAUGGCAGGAAGAAACUGCUUGGUGAAAAACCUGGAGGCUGUCGAAACUUUGGGAUCUACAUCGGUGAUUUGUUCGGACAAAACCGGUACGUUGACCCAGAAUAAAAUGACAGUGUGUCAUUUUUGGUGCGACAACAUAACGAACAAUGCCGAUAUCAGUGUGCAACAGAACGCGGCUGAAAACUACAAGAACAGCGAAGCCUUCAAACACUUGAUGAGAUGCGCAACACUUUGCAAUCGAGCAGAAUUCGUUAAUGGUCAAGAUGGCGAACCCAUCGCCUCUAGAGCAGUUCGCGGCGACGCCUCAGAGGAAGCCAUAUUGAAAUUCGUUGAACUUUCCCAUAUCCAUGGAUCCCCAGCUGAAUUCAGAAAGAAGCAUCCCAAACUAUUAGAAAUUCCAUUCAGUUCAACCACUAAAUAUCAGAUAAGUAUUCAUGUGAUGGAGGGUAGAUGCCUCAUGGUCAUGAAGGGCGCACCAGAACGCAUUUUGGCAAGAUGCUCCAAGAUAUUCAUAGACGGCACCACGAAAGAUAUGACCGAAAAUCACAGGCUUCAAUGCGACAACGCCUGCAUACAAUUGGCCGAAAAGGGGGAAAGAGUCUUGGGUUUCUGCGAUCUCUUGCUAGACGAACAGUACACUCCAGACUACAAGUUCUGUGCUGAGCCAGCGAAUUUUCCGAGGAAAAAUCUACGUUUCGUGGGAUUCAUGGCACUCAUAGACCCGCCGAGGCCGCAAGUACCCGACGCGGUCGACAGAUGUCGGAUGGCUGGUAUAAGGGUUGUCAUGGUGACCGGAGAUCAUCCAAUAACCGCCAAAGCAAUAGCGAAGGAAGUGGGCAUCAUCAAAAGCAAAGAAUCGCUAGAUGUGUCCAACGUUGGUGUCAUAGAAACGAUACCGCCUCAGUUGAAAGACACAGCCAUCGUAAUCCAUGGUACGGCGCUAAGAGAUAUGACUAACCAGGAGUUGGAUCACAUUCUACGCAACUUCAAGGAGAUUGUGUUCGCCAGGACAUCUCCCACGCAGAAGCUGCAAAUAGUUGAGGGUUUUCAGAGGUUAGGAAAGAUUGUGGCGGUAACUGGAGAUGGUGUUAACGACGCCCCAGCGCUGAAGAAAGCGGACAUUGGUAUCGCCAUGGGUAUCAGUGGUACUGAGGUGUCCAAGCAAUCUGCAGAUAUGAUACUGCUGGACGAUAACUUCGCCUCCAUAAUAACCGGGGUGGAGGAGGGACGAAGAAUAUUUGACAACUUGAAGAAAUCCAUUGCGUACACGCUGGCCUCAAACGUCCCAGAGAUUUUACCAUUCUUAGCAUUCGUUAUUCUCAACAUUCCACUGCCAUUAGGUAUCAUGGCCAUUCUUUGCAUAGAUCUCCUCACAGACAUGUUGCCAGCAAUCAGCUUAGCCUAUGAAGACGCAGAGAGCGAUAUAAUGUCUCGGCCGCCUAGAGAUCCUGAAGUGGAUAAACUUGUCACGCCGAAGCUCUACUUCCUUGCUUACGGUCACAUAGGAAUGGUUGAGGCUGCUUGUGGGUUCUUCAUCUACUUCAUGAUCAUGGCUGAGCAUGGAUUCAGACCUACAGAUCUAUUCAAUCUUAGGGAAGCAUGGGAUUCCCCACAUAUAAACGAUCUCAUGGAUUCUUACGGACAAGAGUGGUCAUUUGAAAGCAGAAAAACUCUGGAAUACACCUGUUACACUGCAUUUAUGAUCUCUGUGGUGGUUACCCAAUGGGCUGACCUAUUGGUGUGUAAAACAAGAAUAAACUCAAUUGUUGAACAAGGGAUGAAUAACGUAAUAUUGAACAUCAGUUUGGUGGUUGAAACAGUUGUUGCAUGUAUGCUCUCUUAUCUACCACUGAUGAAUUAUUUGAAAUUUUACCCUGUUAUGUUCAGAUGGUGGUUAUACUGCAUACCAUUUGCCAUUUUCAUUGUUAUAUUUGAUGAAUUCCGAAAAUGGCGCAUGAGGAGAAAUAUGGAUGGUUACUUCCAUGAAACCACCUACUAUUAGUAGAUAUCAGAAAGUAAACAAAGCACAUGUUUUCCUGAGUAUUUUUUAUGUAGGGCAGCAAUUGAGAGGAGUUGGGAGCUUUGGCAGUGGAGAUUUAUGGAUGUUCAACACAAUAGAUGGAAAUACAACAGAUGAAUAUAAAUAUUUAAUAUCAGAUAGAAAAAACCACUACAGAAGAGAAUUUAUUCACACAAUGAAUCACUAGUAUGUUUAUAUUACAAUAAAACUAUAAAUAUUU